AUGGCUGCGUGCCUGAAUGAAGUCCGUAGUUCAACAGGCCGCAAAUGUGACGGAUACCAGUCAAAUCCACCCAGUACACCAAGUACAUCACCCCAGUCAACAGCUUCCCCUUCAUCCAUCGUCUCCACCUACACCACUUCUACCGAGGCGCGAUCCUUUCAAUUUUUCAUUGAAAAGACUCUUGUGAACUUUCAAACCUUCUUCCCAGAUGAUUUAUGGGGUACCAGGGUCUUGCAAGUAGCCCAAUCCGCAGGCUGUAUCAAACAUUCUCUUGUGGCUCUGGCGAACUAUCACGAACUCUAUCUUACCCAUCAACAAUGGCUACAACUUGAAUCGGCUCACGCGCUCAAGCACUAUAAUCUUGCUAUCAGGGAACUACUAACUCCAUCACCCGAUGAUUUGUCACAGGGUCAUAUACCCAUUCUGUCAUGUCUGAUAUUCAUUUCUAUCGAGCUUCUUCAAGGCAAAACUGAUUCGGCCAUUACCCUUUUCAAGUAUGGCUGCCGGAUGAUUCAACAGUUCAGGAAGUCUCUCUCAAAUGCCAGAGACGCUGGUGAGCGCUCAUGUUCUGACGUCGAAGAUACCCUCGGUCUAGUCCAGGCGUGUUUUAGACGUAUCGCCGUGCAGAUCUUAACGCUUAUGGGCGAUAUUGACCCCGACCUCUGGGAGGCUUUUCACGGCACCUUUGAUAAAUCUUCCGUUAGCUACGAAAUACCGUUUACGUCCCUUGCAGAUGCACGAGAGGCAUUGUUGGAACUCCUGGUCGAGCAGACCAGUCCUGGCCUGAAGGGAAAGUCGAUUCAUGAGAUAUUGGCACAUUCUGCAAAACUCGAACAAUGGGGCUGCUCGUAUGACGCGCUCUUGGCUGAAUACGACCGCGUUGGCAGGAUAUCGAGCGCCGCUGAGAAACGAGCGAUUGCCCUUCUUCAACUACACCGCAAAUAUCUCGAGAUCAAUGUUUCGAAAUACGUCUACGGUCAAGGUGACCCCUGCUUCUGGGAUCGUUUCACUGCCGAGUUUGAUGAAAUUGUCAAUUAUGCCGCCACCGCAGCUGGACUUGAUGAAAACUACGCACAUCGAAAUUGGUCCACAGAUUCCACAUCUACAGCAUAUUUCCACCUCGAUCUCGGCUUCAGCUCUGUUUUAGUUGCAGUCAUCGCUCGAUGCCGCGAUCCAUUCAUUCGAAGAAGAGCUAUCGCAGUAAUGCUGACCAAUCGUGUACAAGAAGGAGCUUUCAAUGGGUCACAGUCUGCAAGAGUUGCGGCCAAGGUUAUGGAACUGGAAGAAGCCAGAAGUGGUGAUGUUAGGUGUAGCAGUGAUAUACCGGAGGAAGCCAGAGUAAGGACGAUACGAGUGCAAUUACUGGGGUCUGAGACACCACAGACUCGGGUAGUGUUUGGGUUUGAUGGAGGAUUUUGUGAGGAGAAGUUCAGUUUGACAUGA